GCACGUUGUUUGGCGCCCUUACAUUGUGAGUCGGUAGAUUCACCAAUUUAGGCAAAGACACAAAACCCUACUCCUCCGCAUCGUUCCGAAUCCACCACUAAUGGCAACCUCCUCCAAGCUCUCCUCCCACCUCCGUCGCAUACGCCCCUCCGCCUUCAACUUCCUCCCCACUCUUUCUCACGCGCGUCAAUUCCACAUCCUUACAAACACUAAUCGCAAAGACCACAGCCGCCACUCGCCUCCUCGCAACUCCCACGCGCUUGCUCAAUCCCUCGCUUUCUCCCACUCUCGAUUUAUCUCUACCAGCUCUUUCGAUGACUCCGAUAUUGAUCAGCUCGGCGUCUCCGCCGUCGACCCGGCGGCGACUCAGUCGGAGCUUCUGAGUUUAGGUUGCUUUUCUGGCGAGGACUCCGUGCUUCCCGUUCGAGUGCUGAUUUCGGUGCUCGACGGGUUCCAUGAUCUCACUGGUUUGCCAUGGUGGAUAGUUAUUGGGUCCUCUACUUUGGCUAUGAGAAUUUCGUUGCUCCCGUUACUUAUUGUGCAACUGCAAAAGUUGAAAAGGAUUGGAGAGUUAUUUCCCAAAUUGCCUCCUCCAAUGCCACCACUCUUCUCAGGAAAGAGUUAUAUUAAUCAAAUUUCUCUAUUUCGAAAAGAAAGAAAGGUGAUUGGGUGUCCCUCGAUGUUAUGGUUCCUUGCGUCCUUCUCUGUUCAGGUUCCAUGCUUUCUCCUGUGGUUGACCACCAUUCGGACUAUGUCACUGGGCAAUCAUCAUGGAUUUGAUUGCGGUGGCGCCUUGUGGUUCAGCAAUUUGACUGAGUUACCUCGUGGUCUUCUUGGCUCCAUCUUUCCUUUUCUGAUUGCUGGUUUGCACUAUGCCAAUGUUCAGAUUUCUUUUAAGAAUUCUUCAGUAGGAAAAUCCAGCGGCCUGUUGGACACAUUAGCAAACUACUACAAGCGUUAUUUGGAUGUUAUGACCUUCCCAAUAUUAUUUGUUACCUACUGUGUUCCUCAGGGAAGCCUAGUUUAUUGGGCUACGAAUAGCUCACUAAGUCUCAUUCAGCAAUUAGCUCUCAAAGAUCCUGCUCUACGGGCAAAGUUGGGGUUGCCAGACAAGGCUGCUCCUACAGUCACUCCAAAUCCUGAGGAGGCGGGUACUCCUGAUAUAUCGCCCUUGGCUUCUCCUACAAAAUUGAAGAAAAUAAACUUACAGAACCUGUCCCCUAAACAGUUGCUUAAUCUUUCCAUCCAAGUCUUAUCAAAAGGCGAUAAAGAAGGAGCACUUCCUGUGCUAAAACUUGUCCUUGAGAAGGAUCCGGAAUAUGUAAGAGCAUUGGUUGUAAUGGGUCAGACUCUUCUGCAGAAAAGUUUGCACGCAGAGGCCAUUGAAUACUUUGAGCGUGCUAUCACCAAGCUCCUCAGUGCUGGCCAGCCGACUGGAGGGGAGGACAUCGAUCUUCUAAUUCUUGCAUCUCAGUGGACUGGUGUUGCCUACAUACGACAGGGAAAAAGUGCAGAAGGGAUUGUACACCUUGAAAGAGUGGCACAACUAGAAGAGCCAGAUGAACCGAGCAUCAAGGCUCAUUAUUUUGACGGGUUGUUGUUACUUUCAAGUGCUCUAUCCAACGAGGGUCGCAAGCCCGAAGCUUUGAAGUAUCUGCGCUUGGCUGCUGCUUAUAAUCCCACUUACAACGAAUUACUCGAGCAAUACGAAAAUGAAAACGAGGAGGAUGGCAGUUUUGUAAGUGAUCUGGCGGGCAGUAGGCGACGAGACUAUUGAUUCUGCGUAAAUCGUUGCAGAAUUCGUUUUUGUUGGUUUGUUUUUCACUUCAUCCUAAUUUUUGUGCUCAUUUUUUUAUAGUUUUACUUGAUCAUUGAUUGUAUUUUACAACCGAAUUUUUCCGCGUUUCGGAAUCAAAUAAUUUGCGGAAACAAUAAGUUAUGAACAUUUAAAUCUUACAGUUA